GUACCAUUUUAACAUUUAAUCAACAGCUUAGUCAACUUCAACUAGCCAACAUUCAUAAACUUAAAGUGGCAGAUCAAUGUUAUUUAAAUAUACUAUUAUAAUAUAGAACUAGAUCAACUUAAUUAGUCUUAGUCCAAAUAUAGAUGUUAACAUCUUUGUAAUUAUUUAGAUGUAAUAUUUGACGAAUAAAAGAAGAGGAAUAAAAAAAAAAAGGUAAAAAAAAACAAACUUAAGAAAAGAAAAAAAAAUGGAGAUGGACAUUGAAGAAUUCGAUUUAGAAUCAGGUGGAGAUGGUCGCUUUAGAAAUGGAGAUGCUCUCUUUGGCAUGCUGGCUGAGCUGAGGCAAGCUGGGAAAUUUUGUGAUGCCGUCAUUAAGGUAAAAAAUCAAUCGUAUCCAAUUCAUCGCAACAUCAUGUCUUCAUGUAGUCCAUAUUUCAAAUCACUUUUUACUAGUCAAGCAUUCAGCACGAAGAAAAAAGAAAUUACCAUCCCAGGCCUUCCAGCAGAAAUAGUUAGCAUCAUCAUAGACUUUGCCUACACCAGAACUGCCAAAUUGACCCCAGAUAAUAUUGAGAUCCUGCUCCCGGUGGCUGACCAAUAUCAUGUGACCGGCCUGCUCAAGCUUUGCUGCGAGUACCUCUACAAGAGUCUCACCCAUGAGAACUGUUUAGGGAUUUUACGAUUUGCUCAGGCUCACAACUGUAAAGGGCUAGAGAAAGCUGCCCUGAGAUACACCUUGAAGAACUUUAACCGUGUAUACACACUGAGUAACGAGUAUUUACAGUUAAACUUGGACAUGGUCUGCAGUCUUUUAUCCUCACACCAGCUCAAUGUCAGCUGCGAAGAAUAUGUUUUUGAUGCAGUGUGCAGAUGGGUUGACUACAACCCUUCAAUGAGAAAAGUUCACAUGAAACGUCUGUUGGCUACCGUGAGGCUGGGCCUGCUGCCCUCUGCGGUAUUUGAGGGAAAAGUGAAAGUACACAGACUGGUCUUGAAUAAUCCUGAAGUCCAAUCUCUCAUAGCUGACACAGAUGCUUUUUUGGCAGAACUUGACAAAUCAGAAGAACCUGACUUCGACAUGUCAUUACCUUUUGUCCGUCCCAGAGUGCCCCAUGAGAUUUUAUUUGUGAUUGGUGGUUGGAGUGGUGGGCGGCCAAUUAAAAUGGUAGAGACAUAUGACACUCGAGCAGACAGAUGGGUCAUUUGUAAGUCAGAGGAUAGCACUCCUAGAGCCUAUCAUGGUGUGGUGGCUAUUGGUUGUCUAAUCUAUGUGAUUGGUGGGUUUGAUGCCACAGAGUGUUUCAACAGUUGUAGAGUCUUUGAUGCUAGAACCAAGAUAUGGUCUGAAAUUGCUCCCAUGAACAAUAAAAGAUCCUAUGUUAGUGUGGCACUCUUAGAUGGUAUGAUCUACGCAAUGGGAGGUUUUGAAGGACCUCCAAGAAACCCAAGUGGAGUCAUCUCAUCCCCGCGUCUGCGGUCAGCAGAAAGAUUCAACCCAAAGGCCAACCAAUGGACGCUGAUAGCCAACAUGAGAGAACGGAGAAGUGAUGCCAGUGCCACCACCUUCCAAGGUGAAAUUUAUAUCUGUGGUGGAUUUAAUGGGUCAGAGUGUCUAUGUUCAGCUGAAGUUUACAACCCGAAGACUGACCAGUGGACACUUAUUCCACCAAUGUCCACUAGAAGGAGUGGAGUGGGGGUCAUCACAUACAAUGGGGCUAUCUAUGCAGUAGGAGGCUUUGAUGGCGUUACCCGCACCAACACUGCAGAGAAAUAUUCACCAUCUGACAGAUUGUGGUCCCCUAUACCAGACAUGUACAACACCAGAAGUAAUUUUGGAAUUGAAGUUAUAGAUGACAUGAUGUUUGUCAUUGGAGGAUUCAACGGAGAGACCACAAUCUAUAAUGUUGAGUGCUAUGACAGCCAGUCCAAUGAGUGGUACAAUGCCACAGACAUGAAUCUUUACAAAAGUGCUUUGAGUGCCUGCGUAGUCAGAGAUCUGCCUGAUGUCAGGGAUUAUGUUUACAAAAAGGCAGACUGUGAAGACAGAGAUCAGCCGCUCCUGGCAGAAGGAGAUCCUGUGCCGGCAACCUCUUCAGGGGCAGUAGGCCAAGACAACCAGCUAGUGAUGUACUCUUCAGAAGUAGAGAGGGCUAUGUCCUAUCUUACCCCAUCAUCCGUGCCGUCCAUAUCACCCUCCUCUCCAAUGUUAACAUCCUCCUCCUCGUCAACAUCAAGCACCUAAUACAGAAGGUUUGGUUGAAUACAAUGUUACAGCUAGUUCAGAAAGCCUUAAUGACAAUACUGAAGUUGUGAGCGGAAAUCAUUCUAGCCAUCAUUUCAUCUCUUGAAAAAAAAAAACAACACAAUAGCUACUAACAAUAAUUUUUUUUAUGACUGACACAUUGAUUGACUUUGAACUAGAAAUAGAAAUAUUUGACAAAUUGUAUCGAAAAUUUUAUUGGUUAGUAUUUUGUGAAAGCAACAACAUAAUGCUGAAAAAGUUUGUCUUAUAGGGCUAGAGCUUAAAAUUAUAUAGUAAGACAUAAAAUUACUGAAGUUGAUUUUAACAAAAUGUAUAUCAUUGAAUUUGAUGAAUCUCAUUUAAAAUGAAUAAAUCUAAGAAAUAGAUUACAGACUACCCAGUACCUUAAAGCACUUCCUUGUUCAUUUAUGUCCAACCAAUUUUUUUUUGACAUCAUAAGCUGGCAUGUAACAUCAAAUCCUUUGACAUCGAUAGAAAACAUCUGCAGCUUUCAUGGUCUAUUUGCAGUAUAGAAUGUUAAAAUAUAACUAUGUUAAGUAAGCUGUCAAGUUUCUUUUGAAUGUUAUAACCAUUUUUAGUAACACCAAAGAGAAGUGUUACUGAAUCAAAAAUUGCUACUUUACAUACAUACUUAGCAAAUGUUAGAAAAAAAACUCCUGUCUAAUCUGAAAAGAACUAUUGUACAAUAAAAAUGUCAAGGCUAAUACA